UCCCGGAGCCGUAGGGCGGCGCCGCCUCCGUGCUCCCGAAACUGCGGAAUUAGCCCCGAAACCCGCGCCGCACGCGCACGCCCGCAGCGGUCGGGUGACGGGGACAUGGCAGCAGGCAGGCAGCCAGUCAGCCCAGAGCGCUGCCGGCGGCGGCCGCCCGCGCACACGGAGGCCGCGGUGACACCUCCCCACCCCGAGGCCGCGGGGAUGGACGCGGAGCGCGCUGCCGGCCGGGACAGCGCCGAGGGAGGAAGAGGAGGACUGGGUGACUUCGUGUCUGCCCUUCCUCCCGAGAUCAGCUCCCGGAUUUUCAGCCGGCUGGAUGUCGAGAGCUUGUGUCACGCGUCCUUGACGUGCAAGGGCUGGCACCGCGUCAUCGAGAGCAACGAGCGGUUGUGGCGGCACCACUGCCUGGCCGUGCGCGCCGUCUGCCAGCGGGAGAUCGACUGCGACCGAGGGAACGGGUAUUCCUGGAAGAUUACAUUGUUGAGAAACUACUGGAAAAGCAAAGUGAAGCAAGAAUGGCUUAGUGGGAAAUACAGCAACAUUCCUUCACAAUUCAGCUUGCCAGAGAAAAGCAUGUAUCCAAUGGAUGUCAACACCUGGGGAGAAAUCUUGGAAGCAGAACUUGAGAGAUGAGAAAGCAGUGCUGAUUCUUGCAACUCAAACAACUUUUGCCAAUAGCACACACACUGCUUAGAAGUUGCGAAAUGACUAUGAAUAAUUUUGGACUGAUUAUUGUAGCAUUUUAGGUGUUGCUUGGGGUGAAAUCAGCAGGAGGCCUUUGCAGGGUGUUACAGAGAUGUUUAUUUCAG